AUGGUGAAGUUCUCCCAUGGGUGUUGGCACCCAGCGCAGGAUACAAUCAUUGAUUGGGCGGUGGAGACGGUGAAGGCUGAAGCACGUGUGGACUCGUUACACUUUGUUACCGCAGCUAAACCCAUCAUUCAUCGGGGCGAUAUCUUGAACAAUCCAACCUUAACUCAUAAGAUAAGCUCUCCUAUUGAUGAUGUGCUUCUCGUCUCGUCAACGCACUGGAAGGCUCAGAAGAGCAUCACCAGCGGGCCUCACUUUGAGCUCUUCCCGGAUGGAGAAGUUAAGCACAUAGAGAAGGUUUCUACUGUUAAAGACGUCUCCAGCCUAUCCUUCAAGGUGGGACAAGUAAGUGCAACAGUCAGCACAGAGCCGAGAGCGUUCAACAUAGAUUUUCAUGCCGGAAAGAAGCUAUUGACCCAACUCGGUUGGCGAUCCAUUGGCUACGUUAAAGAAGGCACGACGGCUCUUCAUCCAAAAGCCAACUAUACAGAUCCCAACAAGGGCAAAAGAUGGAUGACUUACCAGCUCAAACUUGCGGUUGGUGAUAAGGUUUUCGGACUUGGGGAGCGUUUUGGUCCUUUCCAAAAGAACGGGCAGACUGUCGAAAUGUGGAAUGAUGACGGCGGAACCGGAUCCGAGUUGACUUAUAAGAACAUCCCAUUCUUCUUGACUUCGGCAGGAUAUGGUAUCUUCAUUCCAAGUCCCUCCUUCAUCUCUUUCGAGAUUCAGUCUGAGAGAACAACCAGGAUCAACAUUGCCAUUCCGGGUGAGAGUCUUUCAAUGUAUCUCAUCUACGGUGCCACACCAAAAGACAUCAUCCAAAAGUACGCCCUCAUCACCGGACGCCCUGCACUACCUCCGCCAUGGACCUUCGGACUUUGGCUUAGUACAAGUUUUACAACCAACUACGACGAGAACACAGUCAACAGUUUCCUGGAUGGCAUGGCUGAGAGAGAUAUUCCAACCAGUGUUUUCCAUUUCGACUGCUUCUGGAUGAGAGGUUUUGAAUGGUGUGAUUACGAAUUUGAUAAGGAAAUGUUCCCGGAUGCUAAAGGCCAGCUUGCGAGAAUCAAGGCAAGAGGUAAUCAUAUUUGCUGUUGGAUCAACCCAUAUAUCGCACAGGAGAGUAAAAUAUUCGACGAAGGCGUUAAAGGUGGUUACUUCAUCAAGCGGAAAGACGGCAGUGUGUGGCAAUAUGACUUUUGGCAAGCUGGAAUGGCAUUUGUAGACUUCACCAAUCCAGCAGCGUGCAAAUGGUAUCAGGGAAAGCUUAAGGCUCUUAUCGACCUGGGAGUUGAUUCAUUCAAGACGGACUUCGGUGAACGUAUACCAACAGGAGAUGCUGUUUACUUCGAUGGUUCAGAUCCAGAAAAGAUGCACAAUUUCUAUCCGUAUCUUUAUAAUAAGGUUACCUUCGAAGUUCUGGAGAAUACUCUCGGCAAAGGCAACGCUGCGGUAUUUGCUCGAUCAGCAACUGCCGGUGUUCAACAGUUCCCGGUAUGA